AUGCUUACAUUUGACAUCAUCACAAAAGAAACUUGUAAGCCGAACGUCAAACAUUUUGAGGGAAUUGCUUGGUAUACUUUUUAUGAUUUUCAUUCACUAUUCUACGAGAGUAUCAUUAACAAAAUUUUAUUGGAAAAUCCAAAGGAAGGGAAAGUUGACUUGGUAUCUUUUCCACUUGGUGCAAAGAGA